AUGUCUACGCCGGGGGUCAUCUCCACGCAUAACGACCACCCCGCGCCAGAUGUCAUGAACGAUCCUCAAUAUGCGACCAAUACAACAAAUGGGGUGGAUGAUAAUGGCGAUCCAGAUACCUGCAGGAUAUGUAGAGCGGAGGCUACGGAGACAGAACCUCUGUUCUAUCCUUGCAAAUGUAGUGGGAGUAUCAAGUUCGUUCAUCAGGAUUGCUUAAUGGAGUGGCUAUCGCAUUCGCAGAAGAAACACUGCGAACUCUGCAAAACGCCUUUUCGAUUCACGAAGCUAUACUCGCCCAAUAUGCCACAGUCGUUACCGACUCGAGUUUUCCUAAAACACUUUGCCUUUUAUGUCAUCAAGAAUAUGGCUACAUAUUUAAGGUUUGGCCUGGUGAUUCUGGUUUGGCUAAUUAGUUUGCCAUUCUUCAUUCGACAAGUAUGGCGAUUUUUAUUCUGGUUCAGUGAUGGGGGUACACCAGCCCGAAUUUUGAUAACCAAUUCCAGACAGAAUGACACCGCUUCAGAAGGGUUGGGAAUUUCGCGUGGGGUUGUAAACUCAACUUGGAGUGGGAUAGCUUCAGAAAGAAUUACACCUCUCAAUGCUAGUCAAGCUUCAUCUAUUGGAAUUGGGGGUUUCAUGGAGAAGCUUAUGGGUAUCAUGAUGCCUGUUUCUCAAACACUCAAUAUUAGUGGUUCGGACCCUCUCACAUCUGCUUUCUUCAGGUCUCUUUAUUACGGAUUUGGACUAACUCAUGCGAUACCUUCAGAUGGCUCGACGAACAAUACGGGAAGUAUCACUACAGUGUCCCUAUCCGGAAGUCAGGGACAUUCGCUUCUCAGUAAUGUCUCUUUUUUAAGCAAUGGAACUAGGUUCCCGUGGCUGAAUCAAGCCAUUCUUGAUACUGCCGAGGGCUUCAUCAUAAUUCUGGUAAUUGUGAUUACAUUCAUUCUUGUCUUCUUGAUACGGGAAUGGGUGGUCCAGCAACAACCUGUCAUAAAUAUGGGUGCAGCAUUCAAUGCGGAUAUAGCUGCCGCUGGUGCACCUCCUCAAGAAGACUUGCCAAUUGACGUUCAUGAUCUUCAAGAACGAAUGGAGGAACGAAUUCGAAUUAUUCAGAGAGAGCGUCUAGUGGAAGCUCGAGGCCUCAAUGCUGGACCCGUUGCUCAGCUGGAUGUGCCUAUGCCUGUGGAGAUCCACAAUCCAAAUCGCCCUCGCCCUCUAUUCGACUUCAAUCGUGAACUGAUCACAGCAGCCGAACUUGAAGAUCUUGGAACUGCACCGGAAACCCUCGAUCAGCAGCGUAAUCUUGAUGAUCCAGAAGUUCAGCUCACUGAUCAAUUCUCGGUUAUAUGGCGACGAGCCGGAGGAGAUCCUAGAGAGGUAUUGAACAUAAUAGAUCAAGAAAAUCUCGGAGAUCGAAUGCAAUAUUGGGUUGAUGCCAUGAAUUUGCGGUUGCAAAAUGGAAAUUUUCAUUAUGCCGAAUUGGCCAGUGGAAGUAGGAUUUCAAGGCCAUCAGAUCUACCUCAACCCGCCAACACGAACCAUUCAGUUGACUCCAGCAAGGUUAAUGGGGCGGACCAAAGCAGUACCAGCUCGGACAGUUGGGAGGAAGUACCGGAAUCCCUCCAGCUUGAAAACAAAAACAAUUCGACCUUCAAUGGAGAAUCUAGUCAGAGCUCGAAGCGGGUUGCAACCAAUGGUGAUAUAAAGGACGAAUCGUAUAUUGCAUCGGAAUUGUGCCUAAAGGAAAAGAGCUCCGACUCGGAUAAUUCGGACGAAACAGAUAACAAAUACCCCAUGAUUUCAGGUGGACGAACUCCCGCAUUUCCCAAUCGAGAACCACACCCCCUUCCGUUGUCUCAAAACCGACCCAGAGCUACCUCAGAUGUCCCUCAUUAUCGAGACAAAUCGCCGUUGGGUCGAAAUAAUUGGGCCUUCUCUGAUCUUCCAGAUGAGGACUUUUCCGACCCAAAUCUCAGCUUGUUUCAGGAAAACAAAAACCCGAAUGAAGAGAAAAUGGUUUCUAUGGCUCGAAAGGCAGCUGAAGAUUUAGAUUUGCACCACGGAGUGACCUCGGAUUCAAGUGUUGGCCAAGACAUUCCUCAAUCAUCUUUAUACGCUGGGGAUGUUCGUAACCGCGAGAGUGACGAUGGGCCCCUCGAAAUAGUCGGCGAGGAUGGCGUAACUCGCACCGCAAACAACUGGGGAGAAGUCUUUGAAAACAAUCCUAUUUCAGAAGAUGAAGACGAAAAUGAAAACGCUUUUGACGAAACGGAGCAAAACCAUUUUGCUCCAGAUACGCCUCUGCCACCCCAACGCGCACCCAUUCUCCCGCCUCGUCGACCAGCAGAACCCGAAGGUCUCGCUGGCAAUGUCGCGAAUUGGUUAUGGGGCAGACCCGAUGAUGUUGCACAGGAGGAAGAUCUCGGUGUGAAUGAUGAGCAUAUAGUUGAGGAUAUGGCUGCUGAAGCCCCAUUUGUACCAGUCGCACAAGCUCGUCGCGAUGCUUUUGAUCACGGAGAUGAGAUUGAUGAAGAUGUUGAAGUACGCGAGGCUGCUAUUGCCCCAGUCUUAGAUCCUGAAGCAGAUAUUGAAGACGCUGAAGAUUUUGAUGGUAUUAUGGAGCUUGUUGGUAUGCGAGGGCCAUUGUUUGGUCUUGUACAGAACGCCAUCUUUAGUGCUUUCCUUCUUGGAAUUACCAUAGGGAUUGUUAUCUGGAUUCCAUAUAAUAUUGGCCGGAUAUCUAUCCUCCUCUUGGCAAACCCGGGACCAGCAUUUAAGCUUCCCCUUCGAUUCAUCUUUGGGGUUGCAGCUUUUGUGCAAGACACUGCCUUGGUAAUAUUGGGAUUGUCAUAUUAUUGUUUCGUUGCUGUCGCUCAAGUUCCUUUGCGGCUGUUGGCUUUUUCUAGCUCUCAAGGAGGAAAUGAUGGUCUUAAAUUCUCUCGGGCCGCCUUCGAACGCGUUAUGAACGGCACGGUUGAUAGCAUCAUCCACCUCGCUGAUUCUGAAAUAUUUACCUUCUCAGCUGCCUCACAUGAAGCUCUGAUGAUGAUCAAGUCCAGCUUGUUUGGAAUAAUCGCGACCAUUGGAAAUGGUCUCAUAUUUCUCUUAUCGGGGAGUUAUCAGCUCACCGUCGCUCAUUUCAAAAGCCUUACAGACUCUCUCUUUAAAGCUAUUGCAUCCAUUGUAUUGGGGAUCCCGACAUUCUUGGCGCGGCCAGAUUCUUGGGUUAUUAGUUUAGAAGUUCCCAAGCGAUUAGCACCACUGGAUCCAGCCUUAAGCGUCUGGGGUGGUGUGGAUCGAAUGUGGGCUACCCUAGCAGGCUUUGCUACCCUUGCAAUAUUAGGCGGUCUUUACGUCAAGAGAGGCACACCAUUUUCAACAGAGCCGGGGAGUGUACGAGAUGUAGAAAACGGAGUAAUUGAUAUGCUGAACCAAGCAGGCGGAGUGAUGAAAGUGAUUUUCAUCAUUAGUAUUGAGAUGCUCGUAUUUCCCUUGUAUUGUGGCUUGCUUCUCGAUGCAGCUCUGCUGCCGUUGUUCGAAGGCGCAACUAUUAUGUCUCGUCUUAGUUUUACUGGCCGGUCACCUCUCACUUCCAUCUUCAUACAUUGGUUUGUCGGCACUUGUUACAUGUUUCAUUUCGCCUUAUUCGUGUCGAUGUGUCGGAAAAUAAUGCGAAAGGGAGUUUUACACUUCAUUCGUGACCCCGAUGAUCCGACAUUUCAUCCUGUUCGUGAUGUACUAGAACGAAGUGUCACGACACAAUUGCGCAAAAUCCUAUUUAGCGCAUUAGUUUACGGUGCUCUGGUCGUUAUUUGCUUGGGCGGAGUAGUCUGGGGACUUUCAUUCUCAUUCAAAGGCGUUCUUCCAAUUCAUUGGUCCUCAAACGAGCCGGUGUUGGAAUUCCCUGUUGAUCUCCUCUUUUACAACUUCUUGAUGCCUUUGGCAGUCAGAUUCUUCAAGCCUUCUGAUGGUUUGCAUUCGAUGUAUAGCUGGUGGUUCCGCCGGUGUGCUCGAUUGCUGAGGCUAACGUGGUUCAUGUUUGAUGAAAGAAAACCAGACGAGGAGGGUCAAAUUGUUCGAAGAUCGUGGAAAGAUUAUUUCACGUCCUCGAAACCUCAACAGAUGGAGGACAUGAAAGACGAUGAUGUCAAGCUCAUACACGAUGGACGAUAUGUAAGAGCUCCCGCAUCGGAUCAAAUCAAACUCCCAAAGGGUACUAGGACUUUCCUCGAGGUAGAUCGUGAUAAUCGUCGUCUGGAUGGUGUCAAGGACAGUUUUGAUGGUGUUCAUGGUCGCAACCCUGAGAAUUACAAGCUGGUCUACGUACCGCCAUGGUUCCGUCUAAGAAUCUCUACAUUUAUUCUUUCCAUCUGGCUCUUCGCUGCAGCAACAGGAGUAUGCUUCACCAUUGUCCCUCUGGUUUUCGGAAGGUAUAUUUUUGCAAAGGUUAUUCCAGCGGAUGUUCGUAAGAACGAUGUCUAUGCGUUUUCCAUUGGAAUAUACAUAUUAGGAAGCGCACUUUAUGCUCUUAUACACCUCCCAACAGGUUUGGUAGCACUUCGGAACUCAUUCUAUAUUGACGGAGACACACCAAGCAUAAUAUUUAGCCGUGUAGGAAAGGUUGCUCUUCGCAUAGCCCGCAUUGUCUGGACAUACACUGCUUUCAUCCUUGUACUUCCUACCCUCUUCGCUUUCCUCGUGGAAUUCUAUUUCAUCAUCCCAAUGCAUACUUAUUUCUCGGAGGACGAGAGACAUGUGGUCCAUUUUGUGCAAAGUUGGACAUUAGGAUUGUUGUACGUUAAAUUGACCACAAGAAUUAUUUUGUGGCAUGAGGGCAGCCGGCCAGCAGAAGCAUUACGCGCAAUCACGCGAAAUGGUUAUUGGGAUCCGGAUGCAAGGCUAGCUACGAGGUCUUUUAUAUUCCCAGCUACCCUUGUACUUUCCAUAGCUCUUGCUCUUCCCUACAUGCUUGCUCAAUUUGCAACCAAAACUUUGUGGAGGAAUUCUACAGAACUAGAAUUGAUAUAUGUGAAUCGUUACGCAUAUCCCAUGGUCCUGGUCAUGUUGGGGAUGGUUGGUGCCUUGUGGAAAGCGGCACAGAUGGUCAAGGGAUGGAAGCAGAAGAUUAAGGAUGAAGUCUAUCUGAUAGGGGAGAGAUUACACAAUUUUGGUGAUAAUAGAAAGGUAGUUGGAACUGCCACUGGUUUGGGGGGUAUGGGAGUGAGAAGGAUUGAUACUUGA